AUUCCAUUUGAAACUAAGUACUCUCUGAUACAAUUCUUUUCACUUCUCAACUACAUAAUUUCUAUAUUUCUAGCUAGCAAACUCUUUUUCUUCUCUCUCUCACUGCGCGCGCAUGCCUGAAGUCAGACACUGGUUAGAACAUUGUCAGUAUAUCUUCUCUGAAAUAAGGCUCUGGAAGAAUUACAUUCGAGGCAACAAAGAAAAGAAAUGUGGAAACUUGUACUCUCUAAAAGCAAUGAUCCAUGCCUCAAAAGUGUAAAUAAUCACAUUGGUAGACAAUUUUGGGAGUUCGACCCAAAUCUUGGAACAACUGAGCAACGAACUCAAAUUGAAAAACUUCGCCAAGAGUUUUACAAGAACCGGUUUGAAGUUAAACAUAGUUCAGAUCUGCUCAUGAGACUUCAGUUUGCAAACAAGAAUCCAUGUGAGAUGAAGUUAUCACGGCUGAAAGUUGGAAGUGAAGAAGAAGUAACUAAGGAAGCAGUGGAAACCACAUUGAGAAAGGCCCUAAGGUUCUACGCAUCCCUCCAAGCUGAGGAUGGGCACUGGCCUGGGGAUUAUGGUGGCCCCCUUUUUCUUAUGCCUGGUUUGGUUAUCAGCUUGUCUAUCAUGGGAGCCUUAAACACAAUAUUGCCACAAGAGCAUCAACUGGAAAUUUGUCGUUACCUAUAUAAUCAUCAGAAUUUCAAUGGAGGUUGGGGAUUACAUAUAGAAGGGAGCAGUACCAUGUUUUGUACAGCUCUUAACUAUGUUACUUUGAGAUUGCUUGGAGAAAGGAUGAAUGGUGGAGAUGGAGCCAUGGAGAAGGCAAGAAAAUGGAUUCUUGAUCAUGGUGGUGUCACGCACAUUCCUUCAUGGGGGAAGUUUUGGCUUUCGGUACUUGGUGUUUAUGAAUGGAGUGGCAACAAUCCCCUACCCCCAGAGAUAUGGCUCCUACCUUACUUUUUUCCCAUACACCCAGGGCGUAUGUGGUGUCAUUGUAGGAUGGUGUACCUACCAAUGUCAUAUUUAUAUGGGAAGAGGUUCGUGGGGCCAAUUAAUGCUACCAUUUUAUCAUUGAGAAGAGAGUUGUAUACACAUCCCUACCAUCAGAUUGAUUGGAACCAAGCUAGAUACCUAUGCGCUAAGGAAGAUUUGUACUACCCACAUCCCAUGAUACAAGACAUCCUUUGGGAUUCUUUACAUAAGAUUGGGGAGCCUCUUCUCAUGCGAUGGCCUUUCUAUAGGCUAAGAAAAAAGGCACUAAGCGUGGUAAUGGAACAUAUUCACUAUGAGGAUGAGAAUACAAAAUAUAUCUGUCUUGGACCAGUAAAUAAGGUACUAAACAUGAUAUGUUGUUGGGUGGAUGAUCCAAAUUCAAUGGCAAAUCAGCUACACCUCUCAAGGAUCAAAGAUUAUCUCUGGGUGGCUGAAGAUGGAAUGAAAAUGCAGGUUUUCUAUCAAGGUUACAAUGGAUCCCAGUUAUGGGAUGUUGCUUUUGCCGUCCAAGCAAUUCUCUCUACCAAUCUGGUUGAUGAAUAUGGUUCAAUGCUUAAAAAAUCCCAUGAGUUCAUUAGGAUCUCACAGGUUAGGAAUGACAGCUCAGGCAAUCUUAGCUUCUGGUACCGUCACAUUUCAAAGGGUGGGUGGCCUUUCUCUACCCCAGAUAAUGGUUGGCCUGUAUCAGAUUGCACUGCAGAAGGUUUAAAGGCAGCACUCGUGCUAUCGCAGAUGCCAUCUACCCUUGUUGGAGAAACAAUAGCAGUAGAUCAGUUAUAUAAUGCAGUUAAUUUUAUUCUCUCUCUUCAGAACAACAAUGGAGGCUUCGCAUCAUAUGAGCGCACACGAUCCUACACAUGGUUGGAGAUGAUUAACCCAGCUGAAACAUUUGGAGAUAUCAUCAUAGAUUAUCAGUAUGGAUCAUGGGGAGUCUGUUAUACUUAUGGGACAUGGUUUGGGAUAAAGGGGUUGGUGUCUGGUGGAAGGACCUUCCAAAACAGUUAUAGUAUCAGAAAAGCAUGUGAUUUCUUAUUAUCCAAACAAGUUGAUUCUGGUGGAUGGGGAGAAAGCUGCCUUUCAUGCCAAAACAAGGUUUACACAAAUAUAGAAGGAAACAAAUCACAUGUAGUAAACACUGGAUGGGCUAUGUUGGCUCUCAUUGAAGCUGGGCAGGCCGAGAGAGAUCCAACCCCAUUGCAUCGUGCUGCAAAAGUAUUAAUUAAUUCCCAAAUGGAAAAUGGAGAUUUUCCACAACAGGAAAUUAUGGGAGUGUUCAACAAGAAUUGUAUGAUAAGUUAUUCUGCCUACAGAAAUAUCUUCCCUAUAUGGGCCCUUGGAGAGUAUCUCAAUCGUCUAAUAUUGCUUUAAAAUGAAACUUAUAAAUGUAAAAAUUAUAGUCUUUGCUGAAGUAUAUGUAAACAGUUGUAAUAAAUGUGUUACACAUAUUCAUAUCCUUAACCUAACCAUGACAUGUUAAUAGAAAACUCCUUUCCUUACUUAAUUCAUUCUCAA